GUCAUUCAUCCGCAGGCUUUGAGAUCUGCGUGGGGGGAGCUCUUGAAGCAGCCCCAGCAGGAAGGGUGAUACAGAAUGGCGUGGUCCAGGCUGAUGCUGGCAGCUUGCCUCCUUGUGAUCCCCUCUGAGGUUGCAGCGGACUGCCUGUCCUUGUGUUCCCUGUGUGCAGUGAGGACGCAGGACGGGCCCCAUCCCAUCAACCCCCUGAUUUGCUCCCUGGAGUGCCAGGACCUGGUGCCGCCCUCGGAGGAGUGGGAGACAUGCCGGGGCUUUUGGUCUUUUCUCACCCUGACUGCCUCUGGGCUCCGUGGCAAGGAUGACUUGGAGAAUGAGGUUGCUUUGGAAGAAGGCUACACGGCACUGACCAAGCUCUUGGAGCCGCUCCUGAAGGAGCUGGAGAAAGGCCAACUCCUUACCAGCGUCUCAGAGGAAAAGCUCAGGGGUCUCUCCGGCAGGUUUGGCAAUGGAAGAGAAUCUGAGCUGCUGGGCACUGACCUGAUGAAUGAUGAAGCCGCACCGGCUGGCACUCUCCAUUUCAAUCAGGAGGACUUGAGAAAACAGGCCAAACGCUAUGGCGGCUUUUUGCGCAAAUACCCCAAGAGGAGCUCCGAGAUGGCUGGGGACGAGGACGGGGGCCAGGAUGGGGAUCCGGUAGGGCAUGAGGACCUGUACAAACGCUAUGGGGGCUUCCUGCGGCGCAUUCGCCCCAAGCUUAAGUGGGACAACCAGAAACGCUAUGGUGGUUUUCUGCGGCGUCAGUUCAAGGUGGUGACUCGGUCCCAGGAGAACCCCAAUACCUAUUCCGAAGAUUUAGAUGUUUGAUGGAUAACACUUCCCCUCCAUGGAGUUGGGUCUGCCGGCUUCCUGCUUCAUCCUCCUCUGCUUAUUCCUUCGCUUGCUCCGUUCAGCAUUCCCAUGAAAACAUCUAGACCCAGCCCACGCCCUGUUCCGCCUAGGAGUGGAGUGUUCGUUUGCGGGCAGUGGUGGGGAAGAGUGGGGAUCCCCUGCUAAUCCAUCCAGUGUCCGGCUCAAACCCCUAGACCUCUAAACUACCACUACCAAGGGUAGCUCUUUGACAUCAGCCCAACCGAUCUAUCCCUGUGACCCCUUCCCACCCUAGAAUCCAGAGAACCUUGUUCUUUGUACCUAUAGGUCUGUGGUCUCCAAACUUCACUGAUCACGUGUUCCUCUUGGAAGAAAAAUGAGCACUCCCUGUUAGUAUUGCAUGCGAACCGUGAGGCAUUCAGUGUAGAAACAUAAAACAAGAUAUGCGCAAAAUACAUGCAAAUGAAGAUCCUAACUGCAUUUUCAGCCAUACAGGCUCGUCUUGUACACACUGCUCUGGAAAGCCACAGGCUAAAUGAAAAGCCUUUUCAGGGACAGGGAUUAUAACCCUAGAGAGGCCAGGCCUCUAGCAUGCUAAUUGUACGAGCGUCCAGAGUUCUCAUGGUUUCCAAGGUGUCUUGGAAAAGCCCAGCUCCUAGACCCUGGCGAGGGCGGUGCCUUUCCCAAGAGUGACACCCCCUGCUCACGAGGAAAAGCCAUUCCUCUGAAGACUGAAGUGAUAAGGGGGGGGGGGCAAAGCAAACUAAUUUGUUCUGUACAACAAAUUCAGAAUUUGGGCCAGUUCCCACAGCCCUCAUUAAAAAAGAUCAGUUUCACACUUCUAGCCCACGAGGAACUGAAUCGUAGUGGAGCUGAUGCAGCUGAGCGCAGCUGUGCUCCUCAGUAGUUGACUUGGCUGCGGGAGCCAGAGCCAUUUGGCUGAGCCAUUUGGCCCGGCAUAUGCACUGGCACUGGGAAGGGGGAUCCAGAAGCAGUAGCUGAAGGAGAGACUGUUCCCCCUCGGUAUUACAGUGAGCCUCGUUCUCCAUGUCUCCAAAUAAAAGCAGAGAAAGAGGAUCAAGUGGGUUCGCUGGAUUCAAAUAACCCAGAAUCAGAGGCCAGGUCCUCUUUGGUUUCCUCUCCCCAUCAGAUAUUUAGAUUGGUAGGUUAAGGAGAUGGGGCUGGACGGGAGAGAAAGCAGUCUGGAUUUGCAUAUUUGGUAGGAAGCAGACUGGAUUUGCAUCUUUGCAUAAGAUAGCUUGAGUGUCCCUCUCCACACACAGUCCACAGCCUGUAGAGCUCUUCAUGUGUUCUGAAAUGUGUAGAUUGUUUUAUGGUGACUUGUACGCUGCUUAAAAAAAAAAUCACAUUUAUCCAAAUUACUUGGAACAUGUGAGUCCUUAAUAGGUCUGUGUAGUUUCCUGCUUCUCUGGUACAAUAAAUAAAGUUAUGCAGAUGGC